CCGGUGGAUCCUCGUUGGUAUUAUUCUUAGAGGACUCUGUUAGUCCUGCAAGCUGCUGCAGUAUCCACUCCAAUGACCCUAGGUGCUUCCGGGACUGAGAUUGUUGGGGUUAUCGUGGGAGCUGUCAUCCUUUUCACGCUGGUCAGCGCUGCUCCGGUCGUCAUCGCAAGAAUCCGUCGACGGCACAAUGCCAGACAACAGCAGCAACCAGAAAUGCGAUCCAAUGAUACCUAUCCAUCCUUCAGAUGCCCCGACAAUGGCCCCAUGCCAAUGCAACAAGUCUUCGUGGAGCGUUGGCUAGAACAGCAAUAUGCUCCGAGCUCAACCGAGUCGUAUUCUCACGACAUAUGUGCAAUUUGUCUAUCAUCGCUCGGAUUGCGUUCAUCUCGAGAUUCACUUCCUAUGCCUCCUGAGGCCGCUUGGAUUCCUGUAUCUCAUUCUUACACAGGUUAUGAUAGUCAUGAUGAUCGUCGCUCUGUUUCUCCGCGGGUACUUGAGGAGGGUCGGCCGACCAGGACAAACAGUGAGAUUCGUGUUUUGAAUAGCUGUGGUCAUGCUUUCCAUUCGGCAUGUCUUGCAUCGUCGUUUCAGUACGGCCGGUACCGGUGUCCAAUAUGCCAAGCGGCGUAUUUUCCGAGUUAGUUGGUAUUUUUUGGCGAGCUGGUCCUUGCCGGAAUAUUGUCUUCUUCGUUUUGCAUCUUGUAUACCUAGCAUAUCCCCUUUCAUGGCGAGCCGUCACAACAUCAUUGCAAAUGUUACGAACGAAU